CAUAAGACUGCUAAUUUUAGUUUUUCUAACAGAGUUUGAUGCAUUCUGUCAACCAACUAUUAGUACCGGUACAUUCAUCUUUCACGUUGUCAGUGUUUGUCGGAGUGAAAGUGACAAACCUACUUCCUGUGUUCGUAGAUGCAAAAGCCUGAUAAAAGGCAAGCAAAAGCGCUACUUGUCAACUUCUGUAAGAGAUGAACGGUUUUCCAAAUCUAAGUAGAUUAUUUACUUUAUCAUCUUUGGCUUUAAAAGUUUGACCUUUUCUUGAUAUUUUUUCUCCAUGGGACUUCCACCAUGAUGACCAUUUUUUUGUUUUUAUGCUUUUGUCUGGCUGCUGAAGCCUCUCUGAAGAUACUGGACUGCAGCAAUAAGGGUCUUUACAACUGCACCCGUAGAGCAAAUAAUGGCUGCUUGGAUAAAAGUGAUACUGCUCUCAGAAGGUUUUCCCCAAAUGACCCUUGGGUAACUCUUGACCCCAGAGAACAUUUAAAUUCUCUUGUUGUGAAUGUCACUUGGACCAUGAAGCCAGACGAUUCAAUUACUGCCGUUAUCGGAACGAGGAUAAGAAUUGUGGAUGAAAUGACGACUGAAAGUGUGUGUGUGCAGUAUUCAUACACGUUUCAAAAAUCACUGUCAAAAAAUGAAAAGUGGAGCUUUUCCAUGGCUCUUGUGGCAGAGCCUAAACAUAUCUACACCGUGACAGUUUUUAAUCUGCCAGAACCUGACUACGGAGACUACAGGGUCAAAAAGCAAAUUAGCAUACCAGGGUGUGAAAACAGAAUCAUUGAAAGGUUCCGGAUCUGUCUGGAGAAUGGUAGCUUGUGGGAUCCCAGAAUCUCAGUUUUAUUUACCAGUGGGAAACCAAAGGACUCGGUCAUAGUGACUUUUAAAACUGCCCAGCAUGCUGACAGAUACCAAGUUUCCAUCCAAAUCAAUAGUUUUACAUACUCAAAAAACAUCUCAAAGGAAAACAGGACAUCAGUGAAUGUCACACUUGAAGUUGAUUCUUGGAGGUUUGGAGCAUGUAAAGCUUUGGUGACAAUCCAACCAUUUUUUCUGCGCUGCAAGAAUCACUGCAAGACUGCUGAAAAAAGAUUCAAUCACUGCAAAGAUAAAACUCCAUUACAGACUCUAACCAUUUAUUUGGUUUUGGGGCUGCUGCUUGUGGUUUCUGCUUGCCUUGCUUACUUAGGGUUUCAGGGUCUUCAUACAGAUCAUUCAAACACAUCCCCAUCUACAGCUGAAGAGCAACCACAAAUCCUUCAGGUUCAAGAGAGGAAACGUGUGCUCAUCAUCUACUCCCUUGACCAUCCUUUGUACAAAAACAUUGUUCUCAAGUUUUGUGCUUUCCUUAUGACCAAAUGUGGGACGGAAGUAGUUCUGGACCUGCUGGAUUCAACUAGGCUGGCAGUGCUGGGAAGCAUUCAGUGGUUGGACUGGCACAAAGAACAAAUUGAGAACUCAUCAGAUAAGAUACUCAUUCUUUGCUCACAGGGAGUACAAGCCAAAUGGAGAGCCAUGUGCAGUGGCAAACGGGUUUUUCUGAGAGAGGAUGCCUGCUCACUCGCAGGUGACAUGGUCACUCCAUUCUUCACCCUCAUGCUCCCCCACUUUAUCCAGUCUGUGUCAUUUAAAAAGUACAUCAUAGCUUACUUUGAUGAAAUUUGCUCAGAGGAAGAUGUUCCUUCUCCUUUCAACGUGACAGUACGGUACAAGCUGAUGAAAGAGUUCGAGGAAGUAUUUUUUCGAAUCCUGGACACAGAGAAACAUGAACCAGGCCGGAUAAAGCAAAUCGUUGGACUAUCAGAGGACAAAUAUCAUGAGUGUCCCUCAGGCAGAGCCCUGCGGGAUGCCUUAGAAGCUUUUCAAGUCCUUCAGAGGGAGCAGCCACAGUGGUUUGAGGAGGAAUUACUCCAAAGCUCAGAGUUGGAGGAUGGACCGGAAUCCGAUGACAUGUAUGAAUACUCAAGAACAAUGACUAACCACCUGGUGUGCACUAUGUUUGACCCAGUCCAAGCUGUGAAUCAUGUGGAAACAGAAGAAGAUAAUUUCUCCAUACAUGAAAUGGAUAUGCACCUGGAUAAAAAGCUUCAAAUGUGCUCAACUUUAGAGUUCAAUUCUAAUGCUGUUGAGCACAAUCAUCAGCUAUUGUAAAAUAAAACUGGAUAAAAGUC